AUGGUAAACGAACUGCUGGCAGAUCCGAACGAAGCAAAUGAGGAGCUCGACAGCUCCACCUCAUCCAGCGUCGCCGCUUACGAAGCCGGACCGUGGCGAAGUGGUGAUGGUCGACUCACAGCAGAGGAAAAGAACUUGAUACUUUUCUAUUCUGCGAGCAGCCUGAUAAGGGAUGAUCAAAAUGCAGGUGAAGAUGGUCUUGCGCCGCAAGAAGGGAAGUUCUCUGAUGGAGGAGGCCGUCAUGCUGCGUUAUAUACGAAGUGGAUCUACACACUGCCGUUGCUAUUGGUGGGUUUGGCAGUGUUGAUGGCAUCAAAAAAGGCCAAUAGAAUGCUCAUGAACAGGAUGAUUCGUUCAUCUGCGGCUGAUUGGGUGAUUCCAUUGAGCGCUCCAUCGAUGCCAAAAGUGACUAUGCGGGAACUUGUACUGUGUGAAUGCCAGUUGAGAUCAAAUGCGUCGGAAUUUCAAAACUUGUGGCAAGCAGCAUCUCCAGUUGUACAGGCAGCCUUUACAAAGUAUUUCGUACCUUCAACGGAAUAUGAUCGAGCCGCCGUUCUUGACCCAUUGAAGCUAUACAAUAAGCACAUAAAUGCCAUGCUCGGAGCUCCACGACCCCUUGCCAAAGAUGUUAGGGCCCUUCAGGAGCACAAACUGAAUCUGAUUUUGUUAAAUGGAGUUUGCAGCGCCGCAUCAAUGACCCUGAGAAAGCUAGCGGAGCUGGAAGAGCUGCAUGCAGACACCGGUGUACCGGUGCCUGUGCUGGGUCUGGGGAAACCAAUGGACGUGUUGCUGUUGGAGCGGAUCAUGGAGAGAAAGAAACGGGGGAAAACAGCUGCUGAAUUGCUCAGGAAGUUUGGCAUUGUGGUUAAGCCCGAACGAGAAACAAUGAGUGGGCGUGAUCUGUUGUUAAAGUAUGCGGACGAUUUAAUGCGAGAAAAUCAAGUGCUGAAGUCUCGCAUCUCAAGCGUGAAAAUUGAAUUUAUCCCCUUCUUUAGGUUUCAGGGGCUUGGCGGUGCUAUAUAUCCAGGUCGAGAUUACCCAAAAUUACGUAUCGUUUAUUCUGGAGAGCAAUUCGGUGUACGCCACUUUGCCUUCGAUACUGAGAUUUACACUCGGCUUCCUGUUGGUGAGCCGAAGGUUCCGAUGUUCUUAGCGGAAACAGGCGCAGAGAUGUCCAAUAGAGCUCUUGCCGAUUUCGUGUUGGAUCUGCAAGAGUUUCAGAGCACUCUCGCGAGAAGUGAACUUAACAGCAGAAGGAGAUAUUUUGACGAACUUGGAUUUGCAGAAGGAGGUUUGGAUCCUGAGAGUCUUGAGGCACUCGCAAGGUUUGUUAUCUAA